CAGGCUUCCCGUGCAAUUUGGCUUCCAAGAAUCUACAAGAACAGAGCAAGAAAAAAAAAAACACGAAAAACCAAAGCAAGAGCAACAAAACAGAAAACAAAACCAGCCCGUAUCACCAAAAUGCCUGGAAAGACAUUAGUAGUCCUAGGAAGCGGCCCCGGAAUCGGAGUCGCCAUCGCGCAGACAUUUUCCGUACGAGGCUUCACCCACAUCGCUCUAGUCGCACGCAACAGCGAGCGUCUCAAGGAGGACCAGGACAAAGUCUAUGAUGCCAUCCAGGAGCGAGGCUACUCGUGCCAGGUCAAGACGUGGACCUGCGACAUGUCCGAUUUGGAUGCGUUGAAGAAGACUUUGGGAGAAAUUGAAACUUUUGGUGGUUUGGAAUGUGUCUUGUUCAAUGCUGCGAGGGUGGCGGGUAAGCCGCCGCUUGAAGAGGAUAUUAUGGCGAUUGAGAGCGACUUUCGGUUGACCAAUCUCGCGCUGUACGAGACUGCUCUCUGGGCCAUUCCCAAGCUCAAGGAGGUCAAUGGCGAUGAUCGUGCGCCGUCGUUCUUCGUGACGAGCACUACCCAGCUCUGGAGGGAGCCCGUCUACGAGCUCGUCUCCCUGUCGAUGGUGAAAUCGGCGCAGCGAGCGCUGGUGCUCUCGCUGCAUCACCAAUAUGGAAAGGAUGUGCAUGUCGCUCUGCUUUCUGUCGGUGGCGUAGUAUCUCCAGAUGCCAAGAACCUGAGUCCGGAAAACAUCGCAGGCAAGGCGUGGCAGUUGUACAAACAACCACGCGACAAGUGGGAGAGAGAAGAGGCAAUUGAUGAGUAGUUGGCUCGGCUACCUGGAAGCUUUAGCUUUGUGUCCUCUCUACGUGCUAGCCUUUGUACUGAGUUUUCUUCUAGUAUAUCACUCAUUCUCAA